AUUUAUCGACGAGCCCUGAUGACGGUGAUGACGAAAAUACGCAGAAAAAAUCAAAAACUGAGCUUGGACAUAAAAGAAACAUAACUAGGGUAUAUAGCUAUUUUUCUUUGGAAAACAAACUUGGAGACGCCCCUACUGCACAUCUAAGACUAACAUUCAUUUAUAUCUUCAUUAGACGCCAAUAAUAACAAUGACUGGACAUACAGAAGCCGUGUCGUCAGUAUUGUGGUCGGACGAUAGUGAGAUUAUCAGCUGUGGUUUGGAUCAUACAGUAAGAGUUUGGGAUGCUCAAUCUGGAAUCAAUAAAUAUACAUUGGUAAGCAAAUUUUGUUUGCAGAAAAGGUUAUGCAUGUUUUACGCCAAUUACUAGAUAUUACUAGAUCGCUUUUGGGAUAUAGCAAGUCAUUGCCAUAUGAGGAAAUAUUACGAACAAUUAUGUUUCGCGUCUGAAUCACAGAAGGAUUCGUCAAUCCUUAGAACUUCUUUAUAAAUGUCUUUAUAAGGCUGGACCUCGACAUAACUUAAGGGGAAGAGUUGUACCCUUAUAGCACCCUGGGGCCGGUUGUAUAAAACUCUUCACUAAUUUUUAACCGCCCGUUUCGUAGUGAUAGUUACUUUAAAAUACGCGAUUCUGAUUGGUCAUCUUUUCCACUAUAACUAUAGUUAACUUUAACCACUUUUUUAUACGACCAACUCCUGCAUUGGAAAAGCUAUUUAGCAGGACGCUCAUAUGGUAUUUACAAUAUAUAUAGAUUUCACAGUAUUUCGUAUUUAUUUUUUCUACAGACUGGAAGAAAAGCGUUCAACUGUAUUUCAUAUUCACCUCAUUCCAGACUCAUUGCGUCCGCAAGUGUUGACAGACAUGUUCGGUUAUGGGAUCACAGAAAAAGAGGUAAACGCAUUUCCAUGCAGGCGCAAUAAAACACUGUUUCCAGGGUGUUUUUCUGUGCUGAGUGUUCCUAGCCUCCUUCGCAGGCAAUUCGCUGGAAACGGCAAAAAUUUAACAGGGGGGAGGUGGGGGAAUUUAGCCUACAAAGUAGGUCAGGCUUCGUAUAAAACUUGAAAAUCCUUGAAAGUGCUUGAAUUUGGAAACAAAAAUUCAAGGCCUUGAGUUUAUAAAGAAGUGCUUGAAAGUCCUUAAAUUGAUAUUUGGAGCAAUAACCAAGUCCAUGUGGCAAGUGUAUAUUUAAUAUUUCUUAUUAGCAUGCAAGAUGCAGUAACAUGAAGAAGCCAAAACGUUUUUGAGCGUUUACGGCGCAGGCUAUGUGGUGUUUUAUUUGCGUCGGGACUUGCAGGGUUCGUGCGGGUCAGGGAGAGUUAAAUUCAAGGACUUUCAAGGUCAUGUAUCAGGAAAUUCAAAGACUAAAGGCUGAAAAGAAGUCGUUAGAAAUCAGUAAAAACAAACAGCAACUUUAAUGAAUUUCAAACAGCUUUGGCCUUUGUAAGACAGGAACAAAAUUAACUUACAAAAUGUCCAAAUCUUAAUGCCAAACAAUUUCAGAAAUUAUCCACUAAAGCAAGAUUUAAAAAAUAAUACUAAAUGAAAUGUUGAAAAUGCAUUGAACAAGUAUUAUAUUCAAUCGCAAUCUUUAAUUUCCAUGAUCUCAAGACGAUAUUUUUCAGACGGUGCGGUAUUUCAGAAAACUUUGACGUCUCAUGAUGGUUGGCUGUCGUCUGUAGCGUGGUCACCCAGCAAUCAGUACAUGUUGGUAUCUGGCUCUUAUGAUAAAACUCUCAUUCUUUGGGAUACAAGAAGGUUUGUUUUUCAUAUAUGCAGAGAAAAAUAUAUUUUGUAUGUAGUUCACAUCAGCUUACUGUGUCAGUUACGCGUUAUUUGUGCCAGAAUUAUGUGCCAGUGAUGUUAUUAUACAUUUACACAUAGAUGUCAUUCAUCAAUGCGUAUCACUCAUAACUUUCAGGUAUAACCAUAUGCACCAAUGUGUAGACGACGCAUGGCUAAUACUUCAGACUUUGUCAGUUAGAGAUCCUUUAUAUGCAUGACUCGUCCCCAGUCGUCUCUUUACAGUAUCACUGAGGUGGACACUAUUACAACAAGUCCAUACGCGGAUCUUUUACUGUGUGCAUGCACAAGCACCGAGCUAUAUCAUAUUUGUACAGUAUAUCAUAAUAUAUUGCCGCAAGCCUGCGGUAAAAUAAGCAGCUGGACACGGUCACUGUCGGACAUGAAAAGGGCAAAUGUCUGGCAAAAAGGGCGACAAGAAAAGGGCAAAAAGGUAUGUCUGGGAUACUGGUGUAAGUCCAGCUCUAGUGUCGUAGUGAGAGGCAUCACCUAAUUGGUACCUUGAAAAAAAUUAUUUUCAGGAUUGCUUAAUAUUGGGAAUAUCGUUAGGAUUAAGAUUAGUAUUUAAAUUGACCCCAAAUUGCAGUUCACCUCGGAAGUCUUGCAGCCUUGCGGUGGUGGUUGGAGACCAUGCCUCGUUUUCAACUUUUAAUAGUCAUUCUAUUAUCUCUAGGGUCAUGACUAAAACAAAAUAUUUGUUUGAAUUAUUUUUAGUACCACCACAGCCUUGCACAUUCUACGCGGACAUAAUGAUAAAGUGAUGUGUGUUGACUGGAGGACAGAACAGGUGGGUGCCGUGACUCUAAAAUUUAUAUUGAGUGAGUCAUUGUGUCACGAAAGGAGUGCUUUAUCAGAUAGAAAACACGAGGCGACAACCGAGUAUCUGAUAAAGCACGGACACUCGCAGUGUUUUAAAUGGCUUAAAAAACGAUCCAUUCUAUGAGUUCAUUGGCGAAGUAAUUUAAAAAAUCAACGUUGUCUGAGCUGAGAAAAUCACAGCUAAAGUUUAUGUUAAUUAACAUGAUUUUUAUCACAUAUAAAAGCAACGACGCGGUAGUGAUUUUCUUUCCUCAUGAAUUAUUGAUUUUUUAAGCUCUAAUACAUUUUUCAUGGCUGUAUUUAUAAUGAAGCACUAUUUAAGUCUGGGCUUCUUAAUGUUUUUCAAUAGUUUGUGAUCAGUGGAGGAGCAGACAAUCAGUUGAUCAUUCAUCGUGUUUCUGGAAAGGAUGAAGAUAUAAAUGAUGAUUCUACGAUGUAG